CGACAAGAAGGCAAUGGCAACCAACAGAGAAGCGACUGCUCCGUGGAAAACAACGAUUAUAAUCAGCUCGUCUCUGCAGAACCACGAUACAAACAGGAAGCUCAGCGCGCAGCAGCACAGAAUCAGAGCUUCGGACAGUGUUGAGUCCGGAGCCUUUAUUUUUCCUCUGUCAGGUACUGCAUUUUUGUUGGUUGACCCUCAAGACCUCCCAGAGCGCUUUGAGGAAUCAGGACUCAUUGACAGGAUACAGAAGUUUGUGCGAGUACACCGGAACAGCUUCCUACUUCUGUAUGCCCCCUUUAAUGGGAACAGGGAAUUGGAGAUCCUGUCACGGAUUCAGUGCAGAUUCCUCGGCACCAAUCUCAGGAUUCUGCCUGUGCGAAACAAUGAUGAGAUAGUCAAAGGAAUGUUGACAAUUGCCAAGGCCACCAGUAAGCCUCAUGCAGACCAAAUCUGUGACCGGAUGUCUCUGGCUCAGGCUCACAUCAUUGAAAGCAGUCCUGUGUGGAAGAUGCUAAGACACACACUAUAA